CUGAGACUCAAACCAGACCCAAACUCCUAUCUGUUUAUAGCUAUCUCCAUAAUGAAAAGAAAACAGAAGAAGGAAAAAGUUUUAACUGACUGGCAUCGAAGCCAGGUAGAACACAUCAAACAGCUAUAUCUAGAACCAGAAUUUGGACACAAUGUAUUUGAAAUCAUAACUGCUAUCAGGUAUGAUCCUGAGCUCUCAUCCAAUACAAUUUUUGAUGAAGACGAGGAUGAGUUUUUGGCAUCUCUCACCACAUAUAAUACACAGGAAACCAGUGGUAAUACAGUUGACAACGACCAAAUUCAGUGGAGUGAUCUUAUCAAUUCUAGCAAUAGCGAAUCUUUUAUGAGCAGUGGUCUAAAUGAAACCACCCAGUCAACAGAAAUUGAUGCUUACAUUGAAAGUAACUAUGUUGUGGUUGAUGCGAUUGAAGAAUCCAAUUUUUUCUUAUACAAUGAACAUUGGAAUAGGUUGCAAUUUUCGAUGGAGUAUUUCAAUUGGAAUUUUGUUAUUCCAAGGGAAUUAUUGUUGGGCAAACUAAAAGAAGCAAUGUCGAGUUAUGAUCUAACUACUCCUUACAAAAUACGGGUAUCAGUUAAUAACACUGGACGAGUUGAUGUUGUUCCAACUCCUACCACAAGAAGAACAAAUUUGUUUGAUGGGUUUGAUUUUCAUUCUGAACCAACAGAUUCAGAUAUGUGGAAAGUAUAUAUAAACAGAGAACCAAUUUUGGUUUCGCCUUUUACAUCAUUUAAAACCACCAAAAGAGACCAAUAUAACAAAGCAAGGGAGGCAUCGUUAGACAACUCCCUUCCAAUGGGAUCACCUCAAGAGGUUCUUUUAUACAAUUCAGCAGGGCAAGUAACUGAAGGUUCAAUUACAAAUGUUGCAUUUUUAAGAAAGAAAACCGAGGAAAAUGGCGAGAUAUGUGAAAGAUGGGUUACGCCUCCUUUAUCGAGUGGUUGUUUAUGUGGAGUAGUAAGGCAUGCUUUGCUCUGUAAGAAUUUGAUUGAAGAAGAUGUUGUGCCACUUAAAGAAGUUGAGAUUGGAGAAGAAGUGUUAUUGUUCAAUGCAAUAAUGGGUGUUGUUCGAGGAAUAAUAGUGCAAAGGAAGGAGAAAAGUUAAAUAUAAAUGAAAAUGAAAAUGAAAAUGAAAAUGGAAAUGGAAACAGAAAUGAGAUAGAAUGAAAUAGAGUUAAAAAUUUAUUGAAUAUAUUUAAGAAAACCAAUCCAAGAAUAUUGAUCUAAAUAUUAAUCUAUAUAUCGAUCUAAAUAUAUACAUAUAUAUGUAUACUGAAUGAAGUUGACUAUUUC